UCAGCAAGGGAAGAGGAGGAGACUUGGGUGUCGCCCGGCCUUAGCCUGCGCUCAGGUGCUUCGAAAUCAACACCAGCUCUGGGCACUUGGUGCAAACAGGAACAAGGAAGUUGGGAGGCUGUUUCUCGCAGGGAGAGAGUGACGGAGGGGAAAGCAAAGGAGCAAAAGCGGAGGAAGGCAUUUCGGCAGCAGAUCUACUGGGACGUCGGGGAGGAGGCCAUAGGGAAUCCAAACAUGACGUCUCCAGUCAAAGACAUCGGCCAACAGCUGAGCGACCAGAUCAAUGACGCGCUGAGCAGACUGGCCACCAAGGAGAUGUUCCAGACCAACUGGGACAUUGCCGCCUUUGCCAUUUUCUUCACUUUCAUCGGAGCAGUUCUCCUUUUGGUCCUCCUCGUCUUGAUCCGCUGCUGCUGUUGCUGCUGCUGCGACUGUGAGCACUCCGCAUCGUACCACAAGGCUCCCAGAAAAGUCGGCAUUGAUAACAAGGCCAUGGAGCCUUGAAGAGCCGCCACAACAGGCCACGUCAGCGGCAAGAAAGAAGACGCAGCCGAUCAUCUGGCUACCGUGCCGACACUAUUUCUAAACCGGAUUUCGUCUCUGAUGCUGGCUGGGUGUGACUUUGGAACCCAGAGGCUCUCCCUCCAACUGUGGCAAGUCCUUAACCUGUGUCCAUCCUUUCUUGGUUGCAUUAAACUCAGGGAGAAAUGGAGGAACUGUUCUCCAGAGAGCUUUCCUGGGCUGCUGAAGCUGGUUAAGUGACACGGCUGCGUCCUGCUCAACGCCUUUGCUAGUAAUAGUCCAUGUCUGUAGUUCUGAAGGAACAGGUAGUCGACGAAGGCUAAAGCCAAACUAUAAAAUUCCAACAAAGGGAAA